AAGCCAUUCCCUUGUUCGUCAACAACUAGGCCAAAGUUUUUAAAAAGUAAACUUGUUUCCCACCUUUUCCAUGGAUAUCAAGACCUUGCUCGACAAUCUCCAUGAUGAAGUAUCCUGCUCUGUGUGCAUGUGUUCAUUCACUGAUCCAAAGCAGUUGCCUUGUUUGCACAGUUUCUGUCUUCAUUGCCUGAACAGAAUUCAACGAACGAGCGGCGUCCAUGGAAAAAUUACAUGCCCCGAGUGUAGGAGACAGUUUCAGAUUUCUGGAAGUGGAAAUCCCACCGAACUUCCCACUAACUUUCGAAUAAACAGCCUGCUAGAUGUCUUGGCAAUAAAAGAGUGUAGUACAGCUAACGUGAAGUGUGGAAACUGCGAUAAAAGGGGUGCCCAGACUUCGUAUUGCUUCCAGUGUUGCUCCUUCUGGUGCGAGAAAUGCAUUUUAGGACAUGACAUAAUGCGUGCUAACAACGAACACAGAACGUUAGCACUAAAAGAUUUUCAAGAUCAAGACAUCAAGGCCAUAUUAGAGCGACCAGCAUUUUGUCAGAAGAAACACCAUGAAAAAGAAGAGUUGAAGUUCUUUUGCAAGGGCUGUAAAGUCGCCAUUUGUAGCACUUGUGCCAUGACGCUUCAUGAAGGUCAUGGUAAGAUGCCCUUGCAAGAAGCUACUGAUGAGCGCAAAACACAGAUCAACUCCAUGAUUCGAUCUUUGAAAGACAAAGUACUGGAAAAACAAAAGGAAGUCGAACAAUUCAACCAAAGAAGCAUGGCAUUUCAAUGGAAAGUAACCGAGGUAAGAAGCCAAGUGCAGUCUUUUGUAGACCAAAUUAUUGCAAUCAUCGAAGCGAGGAAACAAGAUGUCUUUGAUGCAGUCGAUAAUCAAGCGAAACAAUCACUGGAAUCUCUCUCACAGAAAAAAGACGAAGUGGAAAAACAAUUAAAAAUAAUUGAAUCCGCAAUUAAACAAACUGAAACUCUGUUGAAACGAAGCUUUAGCACUGAAAUCCUUGGAUUCAGUGAAACAUUUGAUUCAAUCCUACAGGAACAGAGCACCCAAGAAAACCGUGACACUGAAUGUAUUCCUCGAUUUAGUUUCACUAAAAGUGAAAAACUGAUUAACUUGUUGAGCAUGAGCGAGGGGAUAGGUAAAGUAGAAUUUGUUUUUAGCGAAACUAAAGCGGAACAAUCAGGAACUAAAGGUAAAGAAAGUAAUAAAGUAGUUGCUUGGGAUAAAGGGGCAAGUUUUUGUGAAAGUCCUUUUAAGGCUCAGGUAAAAACCAGGCGCUUCAGAUUUGUGCUGUCAUUUGGACAAAAAGGUAAGUCUGUUGAAAUGCUUAACGGUCCCUGGGGGAUGGCAGUGAAUGAUCGUGAUGAAAUUGCAGUGACUGAGUGGGGUAACCACAGUGUUUCAGUGUUUAGUAGUGACGGUACCCACUUAAGAUCGUUUGGUAGAUGGGGUAGCAAUGAUGGUGAGUUCCGGAGCCCUAGAGGGAUCGCUUUUGAUAGUCAUGGUAAUAUUGUAGUGGCAGACCGUUUGAACCACAGGGUGCAAGUCUUUGAUACGAAUGGUAACUUUCUUAGUAAGUUUGGUGAAUAUGGAAGUCGUGAUAAUCAGCUUCAAUAUCUUGAAGGUUUAUCAAUAAACGGCAACGGUGAUAUUAUUGUUGCUGAUAGCAAAAACAAAUUAAUCAAGAUAUUCUCUUCUAGUGGGGAGUAUUUACGUAAAUUUGGUGGAGCAGGUUCUUUGGUCACUCCCUUUCACUGUAUCCAACACGGUCAAUAUAUUAUAGUCUCAGACUCGGGUGAUCAUUCCAUUAAAAUGUUUGAUCUUGAGAGAAGGUUCAUUUCUAAAUUUGGAAAACAGGGAAACAAGGAUGGAGAGUUCAAUAAGCCCGGUUACUUGUCAGUUAACAAAGAAGGAUUGCUAAUGGUCUGUGAUGCAGAAAAUCACAGGGUUCAGGUAUUUGAACUGAGUGGAAAGUUUGUUACAAAGUUAGGAAGUGUGAGAGGAGAGUUAAAGUUUCCAGUGUCAACAGCAAAUCUUAGUGAUGGAAGAAUAGUUGUAUGUGAUACAAACAACAACCGAAUCCAGGUUUUUGAGAAGAUAUAAUAUGAUCUUAAUAGUGGUAUAAUUAUUGUUGAAAAGUUCAAAUUGGGUAUCCAGAAUAAGAAACCGUAAUUUUUCGGGAAAAAAAAGUAUCUUGUGAGGUAUUUGUCACUGUUGGCCUUUUCUAGUUCCCGGGGGGGAUGCAUUAGAUUGCCCUCACAUGUACUUUGUCUCUUCUGUGAAUUCAACAAUAUAUUAUAAAAUCCUGACUGCAAAAAUAGCUGAAAUGACAUUCAAAUUGUAAAUAUAUUUUGUAACCUUUUUUCAAAUGUACUGUAGUCUCAUCUAAUUGCCAAUUGUAGUUUAAUAAGCUGGUUUAAUUUUCUUGAGUCAAAAUUGUUUUUUGUCGUACACCCGUUCAUUUUCUUUCCAGUAGUUGCUAGUUGUUAGCAA